AUGGGUAACUCACUUCAUUGCCGUUUUGUACUGACGACAUUUCCAGUGAUUUUAUUAUCAUCCGCCAUCUACAAUAAAAUGGGAAGACUUCAUCAUUUCAAUCCAGCAUAUUUAUCUUUGAAUCAUUUCUUUCAAAUGAAUGGCAAAAGAACCAAACACCUGUGUAUGUCAGCCGAGAGGUUCAUAAACAUGUACUCAACAUGGCCGAUACCUGUACAAUAA